AGACGUGACUCCUAGCCGCAGAACAUACUUGCUUCUGACACUUCGGUAAUCACCAGCAAACUCCCAGACCUGACAUCAUGGUGCAUCUAACUGCUGAGGAGAAGAACCUUAUCUCUAGCCUGUGGGGCAAAUUGAAUGUGGAAGAGACCGGAGGUGAAGCCUUGGGCAGGGUCCUUGUUGUCUACCCUUGGACCCAGAGAUUCUUUGACAGCUUUGGCAACAUGUCCUCUCCCUCUGCCAUCAUGGGUAACCCCAGGGUCAAGGCCCAUGGCAAGAAGGUGCUGACUUCCUUUGGAGAGGCCAUUAAGAACCUAGACAACCUCAAGGGUACCUUUGCUAAGCUGAGUGAGCUGCACUGUGACAAGCUGCAUGUUGAUCCUGAGAACUUUAAGCUCCUGGGUAACGUGCUGGUGAUUGUUCUGUCUGCUCACUUUGGCAAGGAGUUCACCCCUGAAAUGCAGGCUGCCUGGCAGAAGCUGGUGUCUGGUGUUGCCAAUGCUCUGGGCCACAAGUACCACUAAACCCGCCUCCCUAUUCACCAGUGCUCCCGUGUGUCCCCAGUACCCUCCUUCUGUACAUGGGGACUGAGCUCAGCCUUGAAAGCAUAGCUUCUGCUUAAUAAAACAUUUCUUCAGUAAUUCAAAAUUGAAAA